AUGGAAGAUAGAAUCCAGUUGGAAAGAAGAGGUCUCGAACCUAACGAGGUUGAACAUCUAAACCUGGACAAUAUAAAGGCAAAAAGAAUCACUGGUUUGUCGGACGAGUAUAAAGCUCUCAAAACUCUUUCCAUGAUAAAUGUUGGGCUGACUUCACUAGAGGGGUUGCCGAACCUGCCAGCUUUGAAACACUUAGAUCUGUCAGAUAACAAAAUUUCGAAAGAUUUAGAAAGGCUUGAGAACUGCCCAUCCUUAACUCAUUUGAACCUCGCAGGAAAUAACAUUAUCGAAAUUGAGAGUCUGCGCCCACUGGCUAGCCUGCGUAACCUGGUAUCGCUAGACCUUUUCAACUGCGAAGUAGCUAAUGUUGAGAAGUACCGUGAGAGUGUUUUCAAGAUGUUACCCGCUCUUAAAUGGCUUGACGGAUACGACAAGAACGAUGUAGACGAGGAAGAACUUACUGACGACAAUAAUAGCUAUUCUGGUGGAGGAGAAAAUGAAGAGGACGAAGAAGAGGACGAUGCUAAACCUGGCCUGGCUUAUUUGGACAGUAGCGAAGUCCUUCAGGUGCAGCUUUUGCUACUCUCUAUUUAG